AUGGAAGGAAAGAGAAGAACGACCAAAAGAUGCGCAGAGAUAGAAUUUAAUGAAAUUGAUAGAGAAUUAUUUGGGGAUGAGGAAUUAGAAAUAUUACAAAAUAGCAAAAAGCUAACAAGUGAAGAGGAUGAGAGAAAUGAAGAAAGCAUUUUACAUAACGAAAUAUUAUUGAACAUCAAUGAAAACGAAUUUCUUUAUUUUGAAGAUAAUGUCAGUAAUGGUAGUAAUUCAAAUGAUGAUAGAAGUUCAGAUAACGAUGUACAAGUUAUUGAAAAAGGGAAAAAAGAAAAAGCAUAUGGGAUACCAAAUAAAAAUAUGGGAAAAGAAAAAAUAAACAAGACAUCAUAUAAAGAUCCCUCUAGUUAUAAAAAGAAAUCAAAAAAUGAAAACAAGAUUCUUAUUGAUGAUAGUUCAAAAUUUGAUGAUGAAAACACCGACGAUGAAAUAGCCUGCUCCAAAUUGUCCACUUCGGAAUUAAAAAAAUUUCAAGAGCUAAGAAAUCAGAAUAUGCAUAAGAAAAUAGAGGAUAACAAAUUGAUAACAUUUAUGUUAUGUUGGAUUGGACACAUCUAUUUCUUAAAUAAUAUUUGUAAUAAUAAAUUUUUACAAGCAAUGAUAUAUUCUGUCUAUGUUAAUUAUAAAAACAGUAAUUGUAAUAAUAAAUUAUAUAAAGACCCUAUAUAUUUAUUUCUAUUUAUAAAAAAUUCAUUCGAAUUUGUUUCUGACAGUAAAACUUGGAUAGCUGGGGAUAAAAUUAUUUCUAAAAAUAUUAAAGGAUCAUUUAUAUUUAGAAUAGUUAGAAGUAUUCAAAGAAGGAGAGCCAAUAAUGUAAUCAUACAUUUAAUUUUUAUUUGUUUGUGUAGGUAUUUAAAUAUACCUAGUCGUAUAUGUUUUACACUCCCAAAUUUAAAAAACGAAAUAGAUAGUACUCGUAAAAAUAAAUUAAUGAAAAUGUGUUGUGAUAAUUAUUAUGAAGAUAUUAGUAAGAAUAUAUUUUUUAAGCAGUACAUUAAUGUGGAUCGUGAAAGGGGUGCUCAUGACAAAACCGUAUGGGGAGGUAACAGCGAAAAUAAUUAUGUUGGUGGUGUCGGAGGCGCUAGGGAUGAUGACAACUGCUAUAGUAGCAGCGACUGCGAUGAUGAUGUUAUUAUUAUCGAGAGAGAAGAUUUUUUAAAAUAUGAUGAUCAGAAAAAAAAAAAUGAAGAAAAAAAAAAAAAAAGCAAAAGUGGUUAUAAAGAUGAAACAACACAGUUUAAUAUUUUCUCCGAGUGUUAUUCCACUAGUUUUAAUAAAUGGGUGUCUUUUUUUUUUUGUUAUAAUAUAUACUAUUUCAAUUUGUUUAAUUUUUCAAAAAAUGACAAUUUAUCACAGUAUGAGACCAAAAUGUUUCAUAUUUUAUUACCCUUGCCGAAAAAUCCAGAGGAGAUAAGGACGUACAAAAAGGAAAGAAAGAGCAGUGCGUCAAACAAAUUCGAUCUUUCACUAUUCAUGAGAAAGGGCAGCAAUGAGGAUAGCUGUGAGGAUAGCGGCGGGUAUAGCAGCAGGAGUAGCAACAGGAGUAGCAACAGGAGUAGCAACAGGAGUAGCAACAGGAGUAGCAGCAGGAGUAGCAGCAGGAGUAACCGCAAUGAGCGAAAUAACUGCAACUCAGAUAGGAAGUCCCUGAACAGCUGCAGUUGUGUCACUCCUUCCGAAGGGGGAAAAGAAAGAAGCAGAAUUAAAAGCAAAUCUGAGAAAAAGAAAAAAAAAUGUAAAGAAAGAAAUAAUAAUGCCACUAAUGUACAUAACCGUAAUAGCAAAGAAGUUAUUCAAAUUGAUGACUUUUUAAUAAAAGAAAAUAAUACGAAAUAUUAUGUAUUGAAUCAACUAAAAAAAAGUGUAAUGAGCAAGGAAAAUUAUUGUAGUGACCAUUGUAGUAAUAAAAAAUUCAAAAUUUUAAGUAGUAACCAUGAAGGAAAAAUGUACAUUGAAAAGGACAAUACACUUUUUAUAUAUGACAAUAAAAGUAAGAGAGUGGUUAGAAUUGUAUAUAUGGAGGAUACAAUACAAAAAGACAGUGAUAACGACAGGGAUAGCCAUAAUGAAAUGUCUAGUAAGAGAAAUGCAAUGUGUAAUGCCGCAAAAAACGGUAAGCACAAUGCCACCGUAAAUGUCAGGAGGAAAAUGGACGAAGGGAGAAAGACCCCCUUGAUGUACGAUUUUGAGAAGGAUGAAGAGAAUGUUGAAAUUGUAAAUUCGCUAGCCCAUAUAUACAGCUCAACUAACAAGAAAAAUAUGCUACUAUAUCAAAUCAACGAGUUGAGAAUGGCAAACAAUAAGCUAAAAAACGGUUAUACCAGUGACAGUGCUACCAAUUGGUGUAGUGGAAAGGAGGACAUGGAAUAUGGAGAAAUAAUAUACAACAAAUUUGCAAAUACGAUAAGAGUCAACUCGUUGCAGAAUAAAUAUAUAAAAUUGUUCAUAAAUAGUAAUGUAUAUAAAUACUUCUAUAAUUUAGAUCAUUACAAUUUAUUCAUAUCGAUAAAUCAAUACGGAAUACUAAAAGACAUCAGUGUAAGGCAUAAGUUAAGGUGCAUCAGUGGUAGUAGCACCACUGGCGGUAGUUACAAUUGUAGUCAUGCUAGUAGUGGUAGUAGUAAUAUUACCAUAAUUAAAGGGAACAAACAAUGUAACAUUGUUAGAGACAAUUUUAGGAGAAUAUCUUACUAUUUCAAUAAAAAAAAAAAAAAUACAAAAAAAAAAUACGACGAAUUUGAAAAAGCUCUAGAUAACUUAGAUGAAGAAUAUUUAUAUAGUUUAUUUGUAACUAAUACUAUACCUAAGGAAAAAACCGAUUUUGUCAAGUCGAAUUAUUACAUUAUAAAAUCGAUGCUAAAAAAGAACCAAGUUAUACACCCUAAUACACCUGUUGGUUUGUUUAAAGGAGAAAAUGUAUACUUAAAAGAAAAUCUUUACAACUUAAUGAGAAGAGAAUAUUUAGAAAAUAAAAAUUACUUCAUCAGUGAUAGUGAACAGCCUUUAAGUUAUGAAUAUGAUGAAUAUAAUAAAAUAACAGUACCGCUAUAUGCAGAGUUUCAACUGAAAAAAAGAAAAGUCAUGAUAAAAGAUAGUAGUAUAUUUUUAGACACAGAGAAAGAAGGGGAUCCUGCACCAAGUGAUGCUGCAAUGUGUAUACAGGAAAGGGAAAGAGGGGGUAAACAUGUACACAGUGUGAACAAGGAGGAGAGCAAGAAUAUGGAUGAUUAUGAAGAUGAUUAUAAGAAUGAUAAUGAUGAUGCCUUUGAUUACAUCUACGACAAGAAGAACAAAUUGCACAUGUUAAAGACAAAACUAUUUGCACAUCUGAAACCAAAUAAUAUUAUUGAACUUAAUACAAAGGAUGUGUGCAUUUACAACAUCAAGUUAAAAAUACUUGUCAAACAUAUUAGGGGAAUCAUUCCAUAUAAAAUUAUAUAUAAUAAUUCAUAUUUUUUUAAUAAAUUUCGAAAAAGACAAAAUGCACCAACAGAUGCUGAUAAAAUAAUUAUUAAAAAAAAAAAUCUAUUGUCCUUUCAAAAUUUAUAUAUACCACAAAAAAAAACACAAGAUGAAUUCUUAAUAAAUGAAAAAUCAAAACAAAUUAAAAAUCUGUGGAAAGUUUUAUGCAAAAGUAUUAUGUAUGAGCAAGCAAAUAAGCACUCUACCCUACAAAGGACCAAGGCAAGGCGCAUUUACAAAAUGAAGGAGUUUAACACCGAUGUAGAUUGCUACUUCCGAAUAUAA